AAAAAAAACAAUUGAACAAAAAAGUAACAGCGAAUCGACAAUAUCAAGAUAUUAAGUAUUUAAAAUAAUUUUGAACUUCGCUUUAAUUUUUUAAACUGAUCUGUUCUGUCUCUGUGAAUCAAUUGUAGUUUUGUUAAGAGCAGACAUUUUCUGGGCUUAACUGAGGUUUGUUUGUUGGUUGGUUGGUUCUAUUUAUAGAGCUCAAACAACAAAAAUGAAUACUUUUUGCUGUUGUUUUUCAAUCUGAUUAAUUAGAAUCUUUGAUGGGUGAAUGAAAAAUGUGUAAAAUUAGGGUUUUGUUUUAGAGGAUGGGAUUGGGUAGUGAAGAUGAGAGCACAGUAAAGGGUUCAUCUUGGGAGAUGUGCAAAUCAAAGGGAAGAAAUAAUAAUAAGAAGAAGAAGAAGAAGCAAGUCAGUGGUAGUGGUGAUGUAAUAGAAGAUGCAGAGACUGGUUGUUGGUUUAGGUUCAGAUUUAUGGGAAGCUGCAUUUCUUCAAGAUCCAAAGUUGAUAGCUCUCUCAGUGGGGCCACUACUCAUUAUGCAGAAAGUAAAUCUACAAAUGACACAAGCAGAGACCAACCUACUGCUCCUGUAAUUUCAUCUACCACUACAAGUAAUACAGAAAGUAAUUCAUCCACUUCCAAACUCGAGGAGGAGCUUAAAAUUGCUUCUCGAUUGCGAAAAUUCACAUUUAAUGAUCUUAAGUUGGCGACAAGAAAUUUCAGACCUGAGAGUCUCCUCGGCGAAGGUGGUUUUGGUUGUGUGUUCAAGGGGUGGAUCGAAGAGAAUGGAACUGCCCCUGUCAAACCUGGUACAGGGCUUACUGUUGCUGUUAAGACCCUUAAUCAUGAUGGGCUUCAGGGUCAUAAAGAAUGGCUGGCUGAAGUAAAUUAUCUUGGUGACCUUGUUCAUCCUAACUUAGUUAAACUGAUUGGUUACUGCAUUGAAGAUGAUCAAAGGCUGCUCGUGUAUGAAUUUAUGCCUCGCGGAAGCUUGGAGAACCACCUAUUUAGAAGAUCGCUGCCCCUUCCAUGGUCCAUAAGGAUGAAAAUUGCGCUAGGCGCCGCAAAGGGUCUUGCCUUUCUUCACGAAGAAGCAGAAAGGCCAGUCAUUUAUCGUGAUUUUAAAACCUCCAAUAUCCUAUUAGAUGCGGAUUACAAUGCCAAGCUUUCUGAUUUCGGACUUGCCAAAGAUGGUCCUGAGGGAGAUAAGACGCAUGUAUCGACCCGUGUAAUGGGAACAUAUGGUUAUGCAGCCCCCGAAUAUGUGAUGACUGGGCAUCUCACAUCAAGGAGUGAUGUCUACAGUUUUGGUGUGGUUUUACUAGAAAUGCUAACAGGAAGAAGAUCCAUGGACAAGAACAGACCGAUUGGGGAACACAAUCUUGUGGAGUGGGCACGGCCUCAUUUAGGAGAGAGAAGAAGAUUCUACAGGUUGAUAGACCCUCGACUUGAAGGCCACUUUUCGAUAAAGGGUGCACAGAAAGCAGCACAACUGGCUGCUCACUGCCUCAGCCGUGAUCCAAAAACCAGGCCCCUGAUGAGUGAAGUUGUGGAGGUGCUUAAGCCUCUGCCCAAUCUUAAGGACAUGGCGAGUUCAUCAUACUAUUUCCAGUCCAUGCAAGCGGACCGAACAGCGGCGAGCCCAAAUGGCAAAAAUGGACACCGAACACAAGGAGGAUUGUCGAGGAAUGGACAGCAAAAUAGAAGCCUUUCGAUACCAAAUGGGUCCCAUGCAUCUCCGUACCACCAGCAGUAUCCCUAUCAAUCUCCGAAACCCAAUGGAAAACAGUAGGUACAGACAGACAGUGUCAGCAAGUAUGAGCUUUGUCCACUCCUUCCCAUCAUUCAUUUCUUUUUCCCUUGUUCCUAGUAAACAUGUAUUGAUGUGGAAGCAAAGCGUUUGUUCUUCGCACAUCAGAAAAGGCGGUGGCGGAAGAACAUGUCCUUUCCAUGUUGUGUUUAGACUGAUGACCUCACAACAUUCCUAGGCAGGUGAAGCUUAAGGUGCAAAAUGUCAGCUCGAACCAUAUGGUUCUACGAAAUGCCUUGAAAUGUAAAAACAUUAUUAACUUGAGUAAAACAUCUCUUAUCCCACAACCCUUCAUUCUCUCAACUCAUAUGAACUUGAAAUCAAAUUUUUA